AUGGAAGAAGACGUCCAGGACUCAGACUUGGACAGUGAUGAAACUGUGAUAGAGGGGUCGGUGACAGACAGCGACGUGGAAGAAGAGGAGCUGCCCUGGAGAAGGUUGUUCGUUGAUCAAGACGUAUCCGUUAGAUAUGAGCCCAGUCUCCAUCCUGAUCUAAGUGGAAUGUGCAAAGGAUUCAAGAACAGAACAAAUUGUCCAGUAUUUACUGUGUCACUUACACAGACUGAACUUUCACUGAAUCACGAAAACAUUCCAGGGCCCAAGCCUGAAAAUACUGAAGGUUUGCCACACACAGAAAAGGUUGUAAGUGAAGAUAGAGACUCUCCUGAAAUUAGCAUUCUCUCAGGUACUGUUAUUACAGCAUCUGGAAUGACUGCUGUGAAAGAGACGCCAUUAAUAGAGCCAGAGAAGAUAGCAGCACAAAGCACAUCUUCUGAGCCUGGAAAGAAAGUCACAUUCACCAUGACUUCUGAAGAAGCCCAAAGUGAAGAAAGCUCUCUUGAAACUUUUGUGUCUUCCUUGGAAGGGUUACUAGCAUUACCAGAAAGUCUUCAAGAGCAAACACAGUGUCAAAUGAUGGAUGAUUUUGAACCUAUAGAUUUGAUGAACCCAUUGAGUGACUCUUUCAGUUGCAUAGAACCCCCCUUGAUAGCCUUGUGGGCAUGUUACGAAGAUGAGCUGGAAAACACAAAAGAUGAUGCAUUGCCACCUGAGUUGUUCGAAGCCCUGAAUGCAUUGUCAGAAACCAUGGUGGAACCUGCCUGUAACAGCCUAGAAGCAAAGCGCAAUGUGUCUCAGACUGAUGAAGAUUGCACACGAAUAACAGACAUGAACUUUAAGUCUUUCUGUUCUGCUCCACCAUUGGAGCAAGAUUUCAAGGCAGCUGAGCUACGGGACAAGGAUCUAUCAGUGCAACAAACUCCAAAAGGCAUAGAUGCAUUUGAAUCGCAAACUUUGGCUCAUCAGAAUGUGACCUCUUGUGAUCAGCUGAAGAACGAUAUGGAUUCAAAUGCAGUAGAAAGUAUCCCUGACCAGGAAAUCCCAUGUGUGUUAAGGAGAUCUCUGAGGCUGAAAAAACGGACAGGCGACAAAGUUGAAAAGCGCAUAAGUGAUAUGUACAGGAUUCCAGAAAAAACUUUACCAAAGGUUCUUAGCUGUGAGCAUCAAGCAAAUAGCAAAUCUUUAAUUACGAAUUCUAGCCCACAGGAUUCUGCCGUAACGACUGAUGGCAAAGGGAAGACUGUGCAUUCCCGUAGACUCCAGAGUAGGCAACAGAUCAGGAAAAACAAACUUGCAGCAAGAAACGGGAAAACGACGAUAAAUAAGGUGUCUCUUUCUAGUAUUAACCGGAAAAACAUUUUCGGAGAGAAUUUACUGUAUAGGGCAGCUCUGCAAAAUGAUGUUGAUCUUCUUCACCAAUGCAUAGCAAAAGGUGGAAAUGUCAAUCAGCCAAGUUAUGCUGGUUGGACACCACUCCAUGAAGCUAGUGCAGGAGGAUUUUAUCGGAUAGCAAGUGAACUGUUGAAAGGUGGAGCAGAUGCAGAUAUCAAGGGAAGGUACCAGAUCACCCCCCUCCAUGAUGCUGUGAUGAAUGGACAUUAUAAGGUGGCAGAGUUACUGCUUCUGAAUGGAGCAGAUCCAUUAUUUCAAAGUGACCGUGGAAAGUGUGCAUUGGAUGAAGCCAAGGAUGCAUGUAUGAAACGUCUCCUUGAGAGAUAUGUUCCUAAACAUCAAAAACGUCUUUUAUCAGCUCAAAAGGAUGGCACUGACCCAUUAGAUGCAGAGGAGGCAUGCCAGCACAAGAAACCAAAAUUCAGUUCUAAAAAUUGCGCUGGAUUUGUUGAUGAUGAAAAUUCUAACAGACAGAAGCAAGAACAUGUAAAUGUCGAUAAAGGAAGCAAAGAGGGUUUAUUUAUAAGUAAUGAAGAUAUAUAUGAAUAUUUGCAAAAAGAUUCUAAACACACAAAAUUUGGUAAAUCCAAGGAAAAGCAAUCAACUCUUGACCCAAUACCCGCUAAAGGAUUCAGAAAGGACAAUAUCCAUAAUGCCAGAGAUCCCAGCCCAAAUGUAUUUGACAGUAAAGGAAGAAGAAACACACAACAUAAAAAGAUCCAGCUAGAUGGUGGAAGCUGUAGUCCAAGAAAAACAAUAGCUGUUACUUCUUUCGGAAGGGCCAACAGAAUGGUUUCACAUCAGCAUCUUGUUCUCCAAACUCUUGAUGAUGGCCUUCCAGAAGAGUCAUGCAAACCUUCCAUCCUAACUCUCUCAAACCUCACAAAUGACUUAGAUAACAAUAUUAAGCCUUGUUUGAUUUCCAGAGAAACACAGACUGAUGAUUGGGAUUCAUCAGAUAGUGAAGAAGAGCAAUUCUUGGAAUUAGAAUCCAGUGAUGAAACUGAAGGUUCUUUCUCAGAACUUUCUUUAGAUAAAGAAAUCAGGUUGCCUCUUCAGCCUCUUCACAGUGACAAAAACCAGCACAUUAGUCCUUAUGAAAUUAAUGCAAAUGGUGUCUCAGGUGAAAAAGAUGAGAACCUAAAUCAGUGGGGAAAUUCUAUCCCAUUGACUCUACAGGGAAGUAUUGAUGAUGGUGGUGUUGGUGUUGGGGGUGAUUGCCAUACUUCUGAGAAAACGGAGACAUCUAAAGAGGUGAUAUGUUCUACAGAUUAUAUAAACCAUUAUAAAUGUAAAGACAAUAUAGGUAAUAAAGAAGAAAUGGAUUUUCAACAGUCUUUGACUUCGAAGCACCACUUUUCACAGGAAAGUGCAUUAAAAGCUGACAGUCUAACCAUGCUUCCACAACAAGAAACUGAUUCAGAUAAUACAGUCAUUUCUGAACACUGUGGUUGCAAUUAUGAGCAAAGUAUCUAUGGAGCUUCUUUUGAUCACUCACCUGGCAAUCCUGAACAAAUGUCUCUUUAUAGCCCUAGACAGCAAACUCCUUUAAUGUUUCAAACAGAUGCACAUAUUGUGGAAAAGCCAAAUGAGAAACAAGACACUAAAAGGAAUUACACUGACAGAGAUCCAGAAACGAGUUAUUCAGGCUGGCCUUUAUCCACAAUUGUUGAUUCUCCAGUAAUAGAAACAACUAAAAUGGACAAAAGGAGACAAGACCUUCCACAGAGCAAGACCAUAUGUAAUGCAGAAUUUCAUUCUACUGACAGUGUGAAUAAAGAAUUGAUCAGCAACUCACAACUUAAUCAAACAAAAGAGAAGGAAAGUUCUCCCAAACCAGAAAUGAAAACAGCUGGAAUCAAUAAGAGGAACGCUGCAGGGGAAAGGCGGCUUCAUUUGGCUGCCAAGAGAGGAGAUCUUUAUCUGGUGAGAGCACUUACAGAAUCUGGAGCAGAUGUGAAGCUAAAUGCUAACGCAAGUUUGACACCACUUCAUGAGGCGGCGUCUAGUGAGGAAUCUAAUAAUGUAAUUGCAGAGGUCCUAAAAGCUGGUGCUAAUGAUAACAGUAAAGAUCUAAAUGGUCCUCUGCCCAUACAUGAUGCUGUUACAAACAAUCACUUAAAGGCAGCUGAGAUUCUAUUAGAACCUGGAGCAAGCCCUAAUAAAAAAGAUAAAAGACAGAAGAUUCCUUUUGAUGGAGCAGAGGAUGAAGCAAUGAAAGAUCUGCUCAGGUCUUAUGGUGCUGUUGAGAUGGACAACAAAGAUGGGAAUAUUGCUGUAAAAGGCCCUGAUGUCCGAUCAAAAAGACAUAUACAGUGUGUUUGUGAUGACUGCAAAGUGGUUGAUCCACCUUCCCUUUCACACCAAGAAAAAACAAGAGAAAGCCUUCCUGUGCAUCAGACCAUCAGUGCCAUAUUACAAGAUAUAGAAGAAAAGCAAGAAAGUUUAUUAGCAUUUGAAAUAAGGACCCCUGAAGAUACAGAACAAUACAUUGAAAAAAUGUUACAGAUCAAAGAAGUGAUGGAUGGUGUGCUUACCAAACAGAAGGCAGAAAGGGAUGAUCUGGCUAAGAAAUACAGGGUAUCCAGAGAGUCAUUUAAGCAUGGAGCUUUGAGAGAACAACUGGCCGACCUGGCCAUAAGACAGAAGAGUCUAUUAGUUGUGGCAAAAAAACAGAAACAGAUAAGCCUGAAAAUCCAAGACUAUAAGAAUGCCACAUCAUUUUCUGGAUUGAGCAUGAGGAAGUUGCCAUGUAGCUCAGAAGCCUCCAACAAAAAGGAUAGCCAAAGACUUAGCAGUCUGGAAAAAUCAGAACAUCCCCAAUCAGGUUCACUCUACCCUGCCAGCCUCGUUUGUGGAAACACACAGGAAGCAGAGUUGUCUCAGCAAACUUGGAACGAUGGCCAAAAUACCACCUUUUGCCUAAAUUCGGAGGUGGCGAGAAGGGGAGAAGUAUCUGGAAACGAACUGAAUUCUAACCAAAAUGUCACUGACUGCACCUCAGAUGGGUUAUCAAAAUCUAGUAAUUUAAAUGGCACUGAGAAGAUGAAAUCACCAUCACAGCCUGUUGCUUUUAUCACUCAAGCAGAUUAUACACAAAAAGGAAAUGAUCUUGCAAAAACUACAGCCAAAGACUGUGAAUGCAGCAACCCUUCCACCGUUACUGGCACAUUAAAUGCUUCAGAAAUCACAAGUGUACUUGCCCAAAAGGACGCCCAUCCGUCAACUAUGACUUGUGACCAAGCGCAUCCCAAUAACGAUCCCAAAAGAGGGAAGAAGAACACAGCUUCUGAGCAACCUCCUAGAGCAGCAUCAGUGCCCCUGGGACAGCAGAGAAUUGCUAUCUUCAGCAGUGGUUCGGUGCCUCCAGUGAAAACGAAUCUUAAAACAUCAGCUUUUACUGUUCCAUGUGCAAGUGACAGUCAGAUCACCACCUCGGAGUCUGGCCAUCAACAUUCUAUGAAAAAACCAUUAAACUACAAUACUGCUCCAAAAAAGAAAUGUAUGCAGAUAAAGGAUCUGAUAUUACUAGGAAAACUUAAUCCUGGAAAUAACAUUCUGGAAUUCAAAACACAGGAGAAGACCCACAAAGCCAGUGUUUUAUUGUGUGGUAAAAUUAAGGUAGAAAAUGGUCAGAUUUAUCAAAACCCAGUCAGCUGGGUCAAGGAUCUGGUAGGCGGUGACAUUUCUGUGACCUGGAAUUACGCAUGGAGUCAGGUAACGUAUCUUGGAAAAGAGCUUUUAAAGUAUGUUUCUGAAGAAGUACCUAGUGUUCCAGAACCAAACUUGGUACCUCAACAGCAUCAACCUUGUCUUCCAGAAGUUUACUGUUUAGAUGACCCAGUGUAGGAACUGAGCCAAUAGGAGUUGAAGAAAAUGGAAUUUGGUUAGGGUACUUCCAGAAGACCAAUGCAAAGUUUAUCAGAUUAUCUGCAAAUAAAUGAAGUACUGUUAAUCAGUGAUCAAGAAUUUCUCCCAUGCCAUAUAAUGGAUCAGCAUUGGAAGUUCUAUGCAGAAUGUGAGGAACUAACAUUCUAA